AUGGCCUUGAAAAGUCCCCAACAUGGGAACAGUACCGAGUGCCAUUACUGGGGCUACUCCUUUCACUGGACCGACCUCCAUCGCUCAGAGGACGAGCUACGACCCCUCGUUCACACGUUUGAUAAACUUGCCGAUGAGUGUGUGCAGCGCUUGAAUGAAAUCCCAACCGAGGGGGAUUCGGACAAGCCUUUCAGGAAGGAUUUAUACUCUCUGCUAAAGAACCACGCAACAGAGGAUCCCAAGCUACAGGAACUGUGGACGCAGAUAAACGCUGUACCCGAAUGGGUUGAUUGGCAGCAGAUACAGCGAGGCCAGGAUGUAUUCUUUCGAUAUGGUCUUCCAGUCUUGAACGUGCUCAGUUUUGAAAGUCUUCUCGGUGGCAUGGGCGCAAUCCGAGUCGUCGAAACUCUCGCUCGAACCGGUGGUUUCGGAGCCAAAGUGGUCCGCCGCCGCCUCUUAGAAACCCUCCAACAUAUUCUACAAGUGAAUAGUUCAGCAGACGGAAUGAAACCAGGAGGCGAAGGGCACAUCUCAUCUGUCCGCGUCCGACUCCUCCAUUCCUCCGUCCGUCUGAAGAUCAUGGGUCUGGUGGAACAAAAGUCCGAUUACUAUGAUGUCGACAAGUACGGUAUCCCAGUCAACGACUUGGACUGUAUCGGCACCAUAAAUACAUUUUGCAGUUCAGUCGUCUACAUGGGGCUACCACGUCAAGGGAUCUUUCCCAGCACGCAGGAGAUAGAGGACUACAUCGCUCUCUGGCGAUUAGUCGCAUAUUACAUGGGUACCCCAACAGAGCCGUUUGAAGACCCGGCCCGAGCACGCGCAACGAUGGAAUCACUCUUGAUCUCGGAAAUCAACCCUACUGAGAUUGGAAAGGUACUGGCCAAAAACAUCAUCAUUGGUCUGGAGAAUACGGCGCCGGCUUAUGCCUCCAAGGAAUUUAUGGAGGCACUGAGCCGGCUGCUGAACGGCGAUUUGCUUUCGGAUGAACUAGAGAUCCCCAAAUCAAGUCUUUACUACCGUUUAAUGGUCUGGGGCUAUUGUUUCUGGGUCUCGGGGGUAGCGUUCGUUAUUCCAAAGAUUUAUUUCCUUGACAGAUUGGCAAUCUCGCUCCGUCGUAAAUUCUUCUAUUCAAUGUUACUUGAUGAGAAAAUGGGAUUGGGAGGGGAAUCUCGUUUUGAAUUCAAGUAUGUGCCUACUCUUACCCGCACCACUCGACUGGGCCAGCGGCGGAGCACCAAGUUCAAAAGACCAGGCGUAGAAAGCGUGGCGAGGCUGGGCUUGCUUGCUGCGCUGACUGGGGUUGUUACACUUCUUCUGAGUCUUCUAUUUGCGGUAAGAGUGUUUUCGGCGAAUCAUCUCUUUCAGAUUGUGGGG